UUCAGAGGAGAAAGAGAACUACUGAAGUUGCUGGGCACCUGUGCUGUUGCCUCGUUAACGUACGGGAUGGAUCAGGUGGUUAUCACAGCCACAUCAACUACCUCGCUUAAUACAAGCUUUCAAAGUGGUGGCACUUACCAUUAUCCCAGUACCGUUUAUCCACCAUUUAAGUCUCCCUACUUGGAUUCUGAAAAGUCAUGGAUAUCGAACCUCCAUAUGGAUCCUUUCCUAUUACCGAUAGCUGCUGCUAGCUCGACGACCUCUACAAUUUCGGCACAAAUUUCACCGUUAUCGCCGAUUCCAGCAUCAUUAUUCUUCCCUCUCCAAAGUAUUCCUUUUAGUCCAUCCGUGAUGAUACAACGCCCAUCUACCACAGUAUCCAGUGUUAGCAACUGUACAUCCAAAACCUUAUCUGGUUCCGGACGGUCCAGUGCAUCGUUAAAUGCGGAUGUAGUCCCACCUUCUACCUGGGGAUCGCAAGAUAGUGGACGAGCAACGGGAGGUUUGGCUUCGUCACUAAGUCCGGCUGAUGAUACAGCACCACGAAGGAGUUCAGAAAUGCGAUCUGUUUAUGAGUUUGAGAUACCUAAUACAUUAGUUGGAUUGAUCAUUGGUAUCAAAGGCAAAACUAUAAAGGAACUGUGCCUUCGUACGGAAGUGAAAAUGAUUAUCAGGCCUCAUCAUACACCAUCAAAAUUAGAAACGCAUCAGAUUUGCGCUGUGGAAGGAUCACGUGAAAAUAUCAAUAGAUGUCUACGAAUGAUGCGGCGCCGUUUUCCUGCUGCUCGUUUUCCGGAAUUGAAUUUAAAACCUGUACUGCCACCGCCAUUUCCUGACCCACCAACAACACUUUAUGGCACGAGGCCUGUGCAGUUAACAUUGCCGGAGGGUGAGCGCUGUCGAGUAAUUUGCUCAGCUACCAUUGAUGUCGGCCAUUUCUUCCUUCAACAACCGCAACACCCAACAUUUAACGCACUGCAGCGGCUAGACUACUAUAUGCUUGGCGUCUAUAUGCAGCCAGCAGGUGUACCUGAUUUACCGAAACCAGUAGACGUCGAUAAGUUAUGUGUUGCACCAGCUUUUGAUGGUUGGUUUCGUGCAGUAACACUUGAUUACUACCAGGAAGAGGAUGAAGUUAUGGUAAGAUAUGUAGAUUAUGGUGGUUAUGGUCGUCUUCCAAGAAGCGAUUUAAGACAAAUAAGAACUGAUUUCAUGACGCUGCCGUUUCAAGCUAUUGAAUGUUAUUUGGCACAUGUUAUGCCCGUGGACGGAACAACAAAAUGGUCCGAUGAAGCACUGAAGUUGUUCCAAACGUUAACGCAUGGUCGUUUGCUGGAAUGUUAUGUUGUCGGUUAUCAUAUUGAAGAUUCAAGACCAUUUGUCGAAAUAUUCGCAACUGAUGAAAAUAAUAGGGUGGAUCGAAUUGAUAGUGCUCUGUUAGAUGCAAACCUUGCGAAGGCAUGGGAUCCGUCGAAGGUUAGACCAGUUCUUCCAAGGCCAGCACCACCAUUAUCAACCACACUUUUGCUUGGUCGUAGUGGGAAUGAAAUUUUUGUCACAGAAUGAAGAUCGGGAAGAGUGUAAAACAGUUCAUUUAUUGAAAUGAUGCAAAAAAAAAAAAUGUUUAUGCACAGAGCAUUCUGUUUUUGUCAGCAAUUACAUUACAAUAACUCUUAAUGAGUGGAAAUUUUUUCGCGGC